UAGGACCGUGCGCGCGCCACGGAGGCACCUCGAGUCAUGGCCGGAUAGAGAAGCUUUCCGACGCUUUGACGCGACUUGGGACAUAGUAUUUUUUUUGUUUGUGGGGGGGUGAGGUUCAAGGGUAGGGGUGGCAGGGGGGGUGGGAGUGAUAUUUUUCAUGCGAGGAAACCCGUUUCCACAACUUAGAAAUGCGUGGAGCGCGUCGGGUGAUCGGCGUCGUGUGGCCGUGCCUGCUGGCCCUGUUCGCACCUUCCCUGGUCUCCUCCAUCUCCGUGAAUACACCGGCAGAGCUCCACGCGUCCACAGGGGACACCGUCUCGCUGUCCUGCACCUUCACGUCCACCAGCACGCCGACCAGCAAGAUGAGGGUCGACUGGUCCUACAGGCCGCAGAGCGGAGGCACUCCGGGCUCGCUGUUCCACUUCUCCUCUCGGGCGUUCCCCCCCCCCGACGGUCAGUUCCUGGGUCGCAUCCAGUGGCGGGGGGUCCCGGCGCGCGGGGACGCGUCCAUCGCCCUGGUCAACGCCACGCUGAGCGAUAACGGGACCUACACCUGCUCCGUCAGGAACCCGCCCGACGUCCACGGGUCGCCCACCUCGCACACGGUGCUCACCGUCACGCCCCGAGUGGCCAGCGUUCGCUUCUCCGACGUGGCGGUCCUCCUGGCGCUGGUCCUUCUCCCCUCGACCCUCAUCACCUUCGUCCUGAUUGGACGGAUGCUCUGCCCCAGGAAGCGGAGCGACCAAUCGAAGGGUUACAGGUCGCCCAUAGAGGUCACGGAGGGAGAGGAGUAUGGUGCCAAAGCCAAGAGGGCCGCGUGCUGCGACCUAUACAUGAUGGACUCGGAGGAUGAAGACGGGUAUUACGACCUGAAAAAGAGGCCUCCUGUGGACGAGGGGUACGCCGAGUCUCAGUGCUAGAGACCCCCUGCUGGCCGGGAGCCGUAACUGCACGCGGCGCCUCACCAGUGGGAGGUGUGCCCUGUGAGCCUUCUUUGCCACUUUCCCCGGACACUCGGGUGGGGGUUUACUUUUGGGGCGGAGCGCCUUUUGGAACGGUAACUUGGGAAUUCUGCAUCGCCGGCAUUUACAUUCCCACCACUCGUUGUGUAAAUCAUUUAAACGAAAAACCUGUUGACAGGCAGCUCCUGAAUUGUGCCAGAGGUCUUAAUUUCUACAUUUUUACAGCUUGUAGUCUUGAUGAGAUGUUAUCCGUUUAUUCUGUACAGGUAAGCUGAGCCUCCACCUGCAAACAAAACACACAGAUGAGCGCAGUGUGUGUUUCUAUAUCCUGAUGCUUUGUGUCACUUUCUUUGUGCAAAAGAGCCGCGUGUGUUUUUGUCUUAAUUUAUUGCCUGUGUCCUAGUGGAGAAACUGCCGAUGCCUUGUGUUGCGUCGCAGUGGAACAUUUCUGUUAUAUUCUUAUUAUUUUGGACAGAAAACAUUUUGAACAUAGUACUUUUCAUGCCGUAUGUUGUACAUACAGUACAUUUCCUUUCAGUAUCCUGUCAUUAUUUCCAAUGUCACUUUGCUUCUCGGCGUGUUGGAUGUCUGAGUUUGGAUGCGGUGUUUCACGGGUGAAGUUGUUUUAGAUGCGCUUUCAUUAUAUUCUAAUAUAGUAUUUUGGCCAAAAUGAAUAGUUCAGGAUCAGAUUCUUCUGGCUUUGUGAUGGAUGAUCAGGAUUUUGUUCAUAAUGUUGCUUCAAGCUGAAGUUAAUAAAGAUUCUUUGCACCUCUGAGAGCGAAGCUUGUA